AAUUGGGCGUGGGGCAUUCGCAUUUCGGAGACUGCUCGGGCAAAAAUGGCUACUUUCACCUUCAUCGUCAAUCUCUCUCUCUUCUUUACAGAGCGGUCAAUAAUCAGUAGGAGAAGAUGACCAUGAAAUUGUUCGAUGCUCACUGUCAUCUUCAAGACCCAAGAAUCCUCAACAAGACACCUCUCCUCAUAUCCACCGCUCUUAACACCGGGAUACUCCGCUUCGCCGUGAACGGAACUCAUGAGAAAGAUUGGAAUUUGGUCAAGGAGAUGGGUGAGCAACAUGACAGUGUAAUUCCCUGCUUUGGGCUCCAUCCAUGGUUUGUUGCUGAGAGGACUCCUAAUUGGUUCAAUACGCUCAAGGAGCUCCUCCUUGCUACUCCCUCUGCUGCUGUUGGAGAGAUUGGUUUGGACAAAGGUUCAAAGGGAAGGGAGAUUGAUUUCACUGAUCAGGUAGAAGUGUUCUGCAAACAGCUUGAGCUUGCAAAAGAACUGGAAAGACCAGCAUCUGUCCAUUGUGUCCGAGCAUUUGGAGAUCUUCUGGAGAUAAUGAAAUCCAUGGGUCCUUUUCCUGCUGGAGUCAUUCUUCAUUCAUACCUGGGUUCUGCCGAAAUGGUUCCUGAGUUGGCCAAACUUGGUGCUUACUUUUCAUUCUCUGGAUUUCUCAUGUCCAUGAAAGAAAGGAAAGCAAAACAAAUGCUGAAAACAGUCCCUUCUGAACGAAUAUUAUUGGAGACUGAUGCACCUGAUGCGUUACCAAAAUCAGCUUCUGAUUCUUUGUUUCGUGUUGAUGAAGACACUUCCCUUCCCAAGGAGGUUCAUGUGCAGGAAGAAAAUUCUACAUCUAAUACUGUUCUCUCUGAUGAUCCAUCACAUGGUUCAGAAGAUGCAUCGAGUCAGCUGAAAGAAAAAUAUAACCAUCCAGCUAACAUUCACUAUGUUCUUGAAUAUGUUGCAUCCUUGGUAGACUCAUCAAAAGAAGAACUUGCAGAAUUAAGUUACAAAAAUGCCAUGCGCUUGUUCUCCUAUGAAGGUUCAAGGGUACUUUUGGAAUGAUAGAUUUGCGAACAGUUGUUACUGAUAUGGUACUGAAACCAUUACUGAUGGACACAUUACUUGCAUGUCACACUUAAGCCUGGUCCUCCCCACCUUCAUCCAUAGAAGAAGCUACUGCCAGAUUCCAUAUCGUAAGUGUUAAAAGUGUAUGUUGUAACAUUGGUCAUUUGUCAGUGUCAUUGAAAUCAUUUUGGCUGGAAUGUGUAUCAUCAUACAUCAACCCCCAAUUUCCCAUACUUGAAUCCUGAUUUGAAGAUGAUAUUAUGCUGAUAAAAUUAAGCCAAUUACU